UAUGUGCCUGUGCGAGAUGAUGUUGUUCCCCCGGAGUGCACUAAAUCCCUGAAAAUACCGGCUAUACCCAUAUACAAUUCCCCCAUCAGUGAGUGUCAAAUUCUCCAGAUCUCCCUGAAACCGAAUUUCUACAUUUCUAAGUGCGAUAAAAAUCAGUGGUCGUGUAAACCGCGAGUGUCACGAUGACAACCGUUUGUUGAGAGCAAUUGGACUGAGACAAUGGAUCAAUAUCACCACCUCAACCCGCAAACCUAACGUCAGUCACGUAUGCCAGAUCCCCCGAAAAAAUUUAACAAAAUAUCUGAAGAAUAAAUAAAAGAUGGAGAAAGAGAAAGAGAAGGAUCAGGGGAGGCCCCCAAAGCGUAAAUCGGCGAAGGCCCCCCUGAUCUUGGAAGUGGGUACUCAGUGUGUGCAGGUGGUGGUGCGAUGUCGUCCCAUGGACGAGAAAGAGCAGUCGAAGAACUACUCAAAAGUAGUGGAGGUCUGUCCCUCCCGAGGAGUCGUGGAGAUCCGCAAUCCCCGGGAGGAUCCGACUCGGGACAACACAAAGCUCUUCACCUUUGACGCUGUAUACGAUUACCACUCGUCCCAGCAGGACCUCUACGAGGAGACAGUGCGGCCACUGGUGUCGUCAGUCCUGGACGGUUUCAAUGGCACAAUAUUUGCCUACGGCCAGACGGGAACCGGGAAGACGUACACAAUGGAGGGGAUUAAGGGUGACAGUGAAAGAAGAGGAAUAAUUCCACGUUCUUUCGAGCACAUUUUCAAUCACAUAGGAAGAUCGGAGAAUAUGCAGUACCUGGUGAGAGCUAGUUAUUUGGAAAUCUACCAGGAGGAGAUCAGGGACCUGUUGCAGGCAGACCAGUCCCUGCGUUUCGAGCUGAAGGAAAAGCCAGAGUCCGGGGUCUUCGUGAAGGACUUGUCGUCCGUCAUCUGCAAGAGUGCCCAGGAGAUUCAGCAGCUCAUGAACAAGGGAAAUCUCAAUCGAACGAUAGGUGCCACUAAUAUGAAUGAACACAGCUCGAGAUCUCACGCCAUUUUUCUGAUUACAAUCGAGAUGGGAUCGAUGGGAGACAGUGGCAUUCGUGUGGGUCGACUGAACUUGGUGGAUCUGGCUGGAAGUGAGAGACAGAGCAAGACUGGCUCCUGCGGGGACAGACUGAAAGAGGCAAGUAAAAUAAAUCUUAGUUUAUCAGCCCUCGGUAACGUUAUCUCGGCCCUGGUGGAUGGAAAGACAUCGCACGUACCCUAUCGAGACUCCAAACUCACGAGAUUACUUCAGGACUCGUUGGGGGGAAAUUCCAAGACGAUCAUGGUCGCCAAUAUUGGCCCAGCGUCGUAUAACUACGACGAGACAUUGACGACCCUGCGAUAUGCGAAUAGAGCGAAGAAUAUCAAGAACAAACCGAGGAUCAAUGAGGACCCCAAGGAUGCUCUGCUGCGUCAGUACCAGGAGGAGAUAUCACGGCUGAAGGAGAAGCUUCUGCUGAAGGGGACGACCCCCAGCAAGAAGAAGAGACGGUCAAAGAAGCGGAAGGACGACGAAGAUGAGUCCGAGUCCGAUUCCGCUAUUGAUGACAUCAGAGAGGACAACAAGGUCUCCGAGGCUGACAAGAAGUUCAUAGUCGAGCAGCUUAAGGCUGAGAAGCAAGAGGCUGAGGACCUGGUGUUGAGGAUCAAAGACCUCGAGAGUAAGAUGCUGUGCGGGGGAAAAAAUAUUAUUGAUCACACCAACGAGCAGCAAAGGGCGUUGGAACAGAGGGCGACGGAGAUCGCUGAGAGGAAGAAACGAGAGGUGGAGAUGCAGCAGAAGCUCGAGGACGAGGAGUCGACGACCCUCGGUGUCCGCGAGACCUAUACAACCCUCCAGCAGGAGGUGGACGUGAAGUCGAAGAAGCUGCGCAAGUGCUUCGCAAAGCUGCAGGCACUGAAGCAAGAGCUCGAGGACAUCAACGGGGAGUACAACCGGGACCGCAGGGAGCUCGAGGAGACACAGCACGACUUGAUGAAGGAGCUCAAGCUCAAGUUCCUCAUCAUCGACAACUUCAUUCCUGCUGAGGAGAAAAACAAGAUCCUCAGUCGUGUCAAGUUCGACGAGGAUGAGGACGCUUGGAUAAUCAAGGAGUCCUCUCCAACGGCUGUUGAUCUCAUCAAACGUCCGACGUCGGUUCCUGGCGCCAGGAGACCUGUCUCGGAAUACGCGAAGAUCGCACUGGCUAUGGGAAAGGGAUACAGGUACGCUGGGGAGAAUAUUCUUAAUCUGGAGCUGGAUAUGCCGGCCAGGACUACUCUGGAUUAUCAGGGACCUGCCAUUGCCCCCACGAUUCAAGCUGUCCUUGAGGAAGCCCUCAGGGACGAGGGGGACAUCGAUGUUGAUGCGGCCAGGCUCAGGACCCCAAAACCCAGGAUUCCCAGUGCAAGGCAGAGACCCAGGAGUGUUGGGAAAAUUCCUCAGAUGCAGAUACCAGCUCCUGUCUACCCUAAAACCAGGGGACUGGUGCCCAAGUAGAAAAUCGAGAUGUAAAUAAUGGCCAUGUUGGGGCGGUUUUUUUUUCUGUCAUUCAGAAAUACGAGCAUUUUUACGUUAGUUUUGCUAUUCUAUUGUUAUGCAUCCGCAGGUGAAAUUUAUAUAGCUGUAGUGAAGUGGUAAGUUGACGUAUGUCCAGUCUUGAUUUUUGGUCAAUAGCUUAAAAUCUAAAUACAAUGGAACAAUUUCCCUGAUGACGUUUUUUCUCGGCGAACAAUGAUUUGAUGAAAUUCGCCAUUUCUGGUAUUUUUUCGAUAUUCAGAAAACAAGAUUGGAGAUAAAUUAAUACAUGUUGUUGUACCACUUCACUGCACGUACUGAGCUUUGGCCCUAAUCAAUGCUACAAAAAAUUAACGAGGGAUAUCUCCGAAAAUGUGUUGAUUUCUUCAAUCACUUGAGAUGUUGCAUAAUUUUUUUGAUAGAAAAAAACUGAAGAAAUGAAUCAAAAAUUGCUGAAGAAUAUUGGAUACGUUUUUAUAUUGAAAAUUGGUUCAAUUGGAUCAUUUAAAAAAUACGUAUCGAAUAUUAGUCAUUCGACUUUCAUAUUCAACAGUAAAAAAUUCUGAUAUAAAACCCCAAUCAUUGACGUAAAAUCAUGUCGAAAAUAUUGAAAUGCAAUCCCAAUAAUUUCGUUACAAAAAAAUUUAGGCGAUAUCCCCAUAAUUGAAGUCAUCAUUAUGUUGUAAAUAUUCGCUUCUAUCUGAAAAUAAUUUAUUUAAAAAAUUCUUUUUGUGAUACCCGUCGAUCUACUGAGAUUGUCAGACUGAGAUCACUGAAUUAAUUCCUAGCAAUUAGCCCUCUAGUCACUAGAAUGGAACCAAAAUCACCAAAUAAACCAACCACAGCUUCA